CCGAGCAUCUGCAACGCACGUGCUUCGCAGAUUUUAACUUCUUCGAGCGCUUUUUCUUCUCCGGCGAUUCCUCUCCUCCUUGUUCCCGUCGCCUCUGUUUCAAUGGAGGGGCUUAAGGUUUCCGAUGCUAAUAUGGUUGUUUACGUUCACCCAUCGAAAAGUAAGAAGAUUUCGCAAGCGGUGCUUCGAGAGCUCGGCGCUAUGCUUCUAAAAUUUGAUGAAAAAUUUGAAGGCGUGCUACUUGCUUACGAGGCCAAAAUUAUUGAUAAAAAUGCAAAGAUUCUAUCUGGAGUGCAUCCUUAUUUUGGCGUGACAAUAAAGGCAAAGCUAUUACUUUUUUCUCCAAAACCAAACAUGCUUUUAGAGGGAAAGGUGGUGAAGCUUAGGCAAGAAUCAAUCCAUGUUAUUGUCUUGGGUUUUGCUUCUGCUGUAAUAACAUAUGAAGACAUACGCGACGAAUUCAAGCAUAGAACAAAACAUGGAGAAGAAAUGUUUGUCAGCAGAGCUCACAAGCAUCAUAUAAUAAAGGUUGGGACAAUGAUACGAUUAUUGGUGAAGAGUUUUGAUGAGGAAAUAUUACAUAUCUCUGGAUCUCUAGUUCCAUCUCACACGGGGAGCAUCCAUUGGUUGGAGAAGAAUUCGGUUGAGGGUUCAGUAACUAUGAGUAAAAGGAAGAUGAGAGAAAACGAGGGUGGGGUAACGUUGCAAGAUAGUGUUGGCACUGAUGUAAAUGCAGUUAUCUUGAACAACGACCAUCAGCCGAAAACCAAAAAGCAAAAACCUACCAGAAUAUCUUGAAGACUACUAGUUGCCGUAUAACAUAGAUCAUUUUUGUAUCAGGUAACUUUUGCUAUACUCCUCAGUAGGAUGGCUAAACUCUUACUCUCUCAAUUAAUGCCUAAAAUCUACAUUAGCCACAAAUUUAGCUGGAAAGUAUAUUUGAAUUUGAUUGUAUAUCUAAGGUGAUGAUGAUUCAAACUUCAAAAGCAGAGAUCCUUUAGUAAGAAAGAAUUGGGAGAUGCACCUUGCUGUUGGAAAGACCACGUCCACUAAGAUAAUGACAACUUUUAUAUAUUAGGGUGUGGACAAAUGCAGCUCCUCAUUUUUGUAACAUUAUGAAGUUAUAGCUCAAAUCAAUGUAUUAUGGGCUUAAGCCCAAUGGAUCUUGGUGAGAGAACGAUAUUUUAGAGCCCAAAUCUUGUGUCCAAUAUUGCGUUUGGUAGGAAGUUUAAUAACAGAUGUCAACGGCCUAGACUUUACUGAAUAUCGUAUAAGAUCUAGAACAUCACAUUUCUUAA